AUGACUUUUUCUCGAGAAAUUCUCGAGAAAGUAUUCUCGAGAAAUUCUCGAAAAAGUAUUCUCGAGAAAAUCUCGAGAAAGUAUUCUCGAGAAAUUCUCGAGAAAGUAUUCUCGAGAAAUUCUCGAGAAACUGCACUUAGUAAGAAAGUAAAAAGGCUAGAAGAAAACAAUGCAAAUUUAACACCUUCUAGUUCACCUGCUGUUUGUUACAGCCAAAUUGCUAAGCAACUAGCCAAACCAGGUUCUGAGCUGUAUAAGGCUAGCAUCAAAGUGUCAAAAAGUCAUGAAAUAUUAUCCAGUAAAAAGUCUAAAAAUGUUGUGAUUGUUGGUUUGCCUAACUUACAAAAAACUAUAACCGAGGAUCGCAAGACAGAUGACGAGAAUAUGGUCAACGAAUUAAUACGUUCGCUGAACAGACGAAUAAUAAUAAAAUCAACAUUCAGAUUAAAAUGUAAACUUCCCUUGGUAAACAAUGCAUCUGAACCGUUAGUUGUCGAAUUUGAGAAUGAAGUAGCACGAAACGAUCCUUGCUGCUGGCUGCAGCAAGGGAACUGUCAAUUAUUGAGGCCUACAAAAAAACCACCAAAUUUUACAGCUGAUUACUCAAAAUUGAUUCUAAACUCAAUCAGAACCGCUUCAAAACUCAAAAGUAGAAAAAAAUAUCUCAUAGUGGUCGGAGAUUUCAAUUUUCCUAAUAUAGAAUGGACAGAUGAUGGUCCAAUAAUUCAUUCAAAUGGAAACUCAAUUGAACAUGAAUUUAUUAAAGUUUUAAAUGAUUGUUCUCUAUACCAAAUAGUAAAUUUUCCAACAUUCAAACAAAAUGACUCUGUUUCAGCAGUUAACACCCUUGAUCUUGUUUUAGUUUGCAAUCCUAAUUGCAUUGAUUUUCUUCAAUGUGGUCCACAAUGCGAAAACCAGUGCGAUUGCAGUAAAUUAUCUAAUAUGAUUUCCUUUGAAAAAAUUCUCGAAAUGUUAGAAGGUAUAGAUAUGUCAAAAGCGAUGGGUUUUGAUGAAACUAGUCCGUUUGUUUUAAAGCAUGCUGCAGAUGGUUUUGUGGACCCAAUUGUUCAUAUUUUCAAAUUAAGCUUUGACACUGGAUGUGUUCCUUACCACUGGCCUGUUGCAAAUAUAUCACCAAUUUACAGAGGGGGAUCAAAACUUGAACCAGAAAACUACAGACCAGUAUCCCUAACAUCUGUGAUUUGUAAAAUGUUUGAAAAGCUCAUUCGGGACACAAUUCUCCAAUAUUCAGUUUUAAAUAGACUUAUAUCUGAGGAGCAAACUGGUUUUGUUCCAAACAAAUCAUGCACAACAAAUCUUAUUGAGACAAUUGACACAAUUACAUUUGAAACUGCAAAGAUUAAAGCGUAUGGUAUAACUGGUAAAAUAUAUAACUGGAUUGAAAGUUUUCUUGCAAAUAGGAAACAAAGAGUUGCUAUUACUAAUACAGUUUCAGAAUGGGUAUCAGUUACCAGUGGCGUGUCUCAGGGUUCCGUUUUGGGUCCAAUGUUGUUUCUGCUAUUCAUAAGUGACCUCCCAGAAGUUGUGCUAAACACAUUUAAAAUGUAUGCUGAUGAUAGCAAAAUAAUAGCCAUAGAAGGUUCCAUUGAUAAACAAGCGGAAAUACAAACCGACCUUGACAACAUUGUGAAAUGGUGCAACAAUUGGGGUAUGGAAUUAAACUGCAAAAAAUGUAAGUUGAUGAGAUUUGGCAAUCAGAAAGUUUUUCGAGGUAUUGAUAAAACAUACACAAUGAAUAUAAAUGGAAUGAUUUAUGACCUCUCAAACAGUGUAUUAGAAAGAGAUCUAGGUUUCUUUGUACAACCGGAUAUGAGUUGGAAGCAUCAAACGCAAGUAUGUGUUAGCAAAGCUUCAAAAACACUGAGGUUAUUUAAAAAUGCCUUUGAAAGUAGAGAUUGCUAUAUGUGGAAAAUUGUGUAUACUACUUAUGUGCAACCUCAACUUGAAUUUGCGGCUCCAGCGUGGAGUCCUCCGAAUGUGGCCGAAAUCUCAAUGCUUGAAAGAGUUCAACGCAGGGCCACAAAAAUACCAUUCUCAAACCGAAUGCAAAGUUAUGAGAAACGGCUAGUUAUUAUGAAUUUAAUUAAUUUAAAUCUCAGAAGAAAACGAGGAGACCUUAUUCAUUUAUAUAAGAUAUUAAACAAUCUAGAGUUUGUCAAUCUUAAUGUCAAACCAGUCUAUAAGUCAAGCAUUAAAUUAGAUGGCCCAUGUUCUUCCAUUAGAGGUCUCAAACAUAAAAUUAGAAUGCAGUGUUUUACUCCUCGCGAAAUAAAUGACUUUCAUGCAUCGGUUAGCUCCAGAAUCCAUUUCUUCACAAACAGAGUUUGCCAAAUUUAG